GCGGCAGUUUGGUCUGAAACAUCUGCUGGAGAGCGCAUCCCUUAGGGUUGGGUUGGCCUGAACUUGGAAGCUUCAACUGUUUCGCUUCCUCAGGGUGCUUCUUUGUCCUUGCUGCGAUUUCGUUCAUGUUUUAGCAGCAAUCACCGGGUGGAUUUGGUUUCUCUGUCUGGUUUGCAUUGUUGCUUUCUCCGGGGCGUUUAGCGGCAGGCGCGAUGUCGGGGUUCCAUCUGCCGAGCAACUAUGGCAUGCAGGGGAUGCUCAAGGAGGGGCACAAGCUGAUCUCCGGGUUGGAGGAGGCGGUGUUAAAGAACAUCGAGGCUUGCCAGCAGGUGUCGAAGAUCGCGUCGAGCUCGUUGGGGCCGAAUGGCAUGAACAAGAUGGUGAUCAACCACUUGGACAAGCUGUUCGUGACAAACGACGCGGGGACCAUUCUGCAGGAGCUGGAGGUGCAGCACCCCGCGGCCAAGGUUUUGGUGCUGGCAGCGAAGGCGCAGCAGGAGGAGAUUGGCGAUGCAGCGAAUCUGGUGGUGUCUUUUGCUGGGGAGCUUCUGGGCGGCGCAGAGCAGCUCAUCCGGACCGGGUUGCAUCCCAGCGAGAUUGUGACGGGUUACGCGAAGGCCAGCCUCAAGUGUUUGGAGAUCUUGGAGAAGGAGCUGGUGGUGCCCGGGUCGGAUACCAUGGACGUGCGCAACCCCGAGGAGGUGGUGCAUCGGAUGAAGUCCGCGGUUGCGAGCAAACAGUAUGGCCAGGAAAGCAUUCUGUGCCCUUUGAUUGCCGAUGCUUGCAUCCAGGUGUGUCCGAAGAAUCCGAUGAACUUCAACGUCGACAAUGUCCGCGUUGCGAAAAUUCUGGGAGGAGGGAUCCAUGAUUCUCAGGUUGUGCGGGGCAUGGUUCUGAAGAGCGAGUCUGUGGGCACCAUCAAGAAAGCUCAGAACGCGAAGGUGGCCGUUUUUGGAGGUGGCGUGGACACGGCUGCGACGGAGACGAAAGGAACCGUGCUCAUCAACAGCGGCGCCGAGCUGGAAAACUACGCUAAGACCGAGGAGGCUAAAGUUGAGGAGUUAAUAAAAUCCAUAGCAGCUUCGGGUGCCACAGUUAUUGUCAGCGGUGGUGCUGUUGGCGAGAUGGCUCUGCAUUUUUGUGAGCGUUAUAAGUUGAUGGUGGUGAAGAUCGCUUCCAAGUUUGAGCUACGUCGUUUUUGUCGCACUACGGGUGCAGUAUCUCUGGUUAAACUGCAGCAGCCAACCCCGGACGAGUUAGGGUUUGCAGACUCUGUCGUUGUGGAAGAGCUCGGAGGCACCAGGGUUACCGUUGUUAAGAACGAAACGGGUGGGAACCUGGUUGCAACGUUAGUGAUCCGCGGAAGCACGGACAGCUUGUUGGAUGACGUGGAGCGAGCAGUCGAUGAUGGUGUGAACUCGUACAAGGCCAUGUGCCGGGACAGUAAGUUAGUGCCUGGAGCUGGUGCGACGGAGAUCGAGUUGGCCAAGAGAUUGAAGGAAUACGGUGCCAUGGAGGCAGGCCUCGUUCAAUAUGCGAUCGACAAGUAUGCCGACAGUCUGGAAGUUGUCCCUCGCAUUCUUGCUGAGAACGCAGGUCUCAAUUCCACCGACGUGAUUUCUUCUCUGUACGCUGCGCAUGCGGCCAAUCGAACCAGCGCUGGUGUAGACAUUGAAACCGGGUCCAUAGUGGACCAGGAUCAUGAGGCCGGGGUGUGGGAUCUACUAACUCCCAAGUAUUGGGCAUUGAAGCUAGCCACAGAUGCCGCCUGCACGGUGCUUCGGGUAGACCAAAUCAUCAUGGCCAAGCAGGCAGGAGGACCCAAGCCCAGGGCCGGCGACGGAGGAGACGAGGACUAGAAAUUGGAGGGGAUGAAGACGGUUGCCUUAUUAGCGCAAGCAUGGGGUCCAAGGAGUUAAUGAUGCUUAGCACGUUUCUGUAGAUCCUUAAGGUUUCAGUUGAAAACCUUGGCCGGAGGACCCUUUUAGUUCUAUGUCUGCUUGGUCGUAUCGCCACCUUCUCAUGGAAGGGUGAAGUCCCACGCUUUAUUUUUUGGGUGCAUGCCGGCAGACGGGAGUAGCUACAACCUCUAGUUUUGAUGUUCUAACAAGACGACAUGCGAGGUGCACCUUGAAAAGUGACAAAAUGGGGUUGAUUUGAGUAGGCCAUACAUUUUUCCACCUGGAGGGCAGUUUUGUCCAAAGAAGUUCUUUAAGAAUGUACGUGUUUCAUGUAUGUAGUUCGUUCUUCUUGCUUA